UUGAUUUUAGCGACAGCGAAAAACACACCUGCAGAUUUUCGCUUUCAUAUCAAACCGCAGUGAAAAUAAAAGUACAAGCACUAACUCUUAUCGGUAGCUAAUUUUGCUUUUGAAAGAGUGAAACAUAUUUUCAACGAAAGUUAACAGAAGCGCUCGUAGUUUGUUUAAAAAUGUGUAAAAUGUUGAAUUUUGUAAAUUUCAUAAUAUGCAUUGCCACAUUUAGUCAGACGAUGGAUCCUUGUUUGGCUAUAAAACGUGGUCCCCAUCAUCCACGCAGUGAACAAUCGAAAACACCUAAAGUGGACCAGCAUUUGACGCACGAAGAGCAUCGAAUUGAUGACGACCUCAAGGAUAUGGGCAUAAAUGUGAAUUUGGAGGACAUGUCCGAUGAGGAAAAGAAUUUUUACUAUUUUAAGAUCCAUGACAGCGACAAUAACAAUGCACUGGAUGGGCUCGAGAUGCUGCAAGCGGCCAUACAUCAGGACGAGCAUUUCAAAAAGGUCGAUCGCGAUAAUUUUCUACACAACGCCAGUGAAGAACUGAAUCAUAUCAUUGAGGUUAUUGAUGAGUUCCUGCAAAUUGCGGAUGCUAAUAAGGAUGGCUUUCUGCACUAUGCGGAGUACGUGAAGGCGGUCACAGGUGCACCAGAGGGACAAUAGAGCUAAGCGCACACAAGACACAGAAGACGCGAGAAGAAGAGGAGAAGGGGUGAAUAGCAAAAUAGGAGUAUUAGAUAGUCGUGGCAGAUAAAUAUAGAUUAAAGUUAGGAAAAUUAGCUCAACAUUUAAAGAAAAUUAACCCUCAAGUGUUUUGCCAAAAGAAAGAACAAACAAAAAAACUCACAAUAAACAACAAAUACAUACAUGCAUACAUACAUACGUGCACGCUAAUAAGCAUGUAUGAGUAAACUAAAAUUAUACAUAACUUUUUUCGAACACCUUUUGCAUAAAUUAUUGUAUGUAUGUAUGUAUGUAUGUAUGUACGUAUCAGCGAGGCGUUUUUUAGGUGCAUGUGCAGAUGUAUGUGUGAAUUUGAUUACCUUUAUUGUAAUGACGACGCAAAGCAACUUAUUAAGACUGUAAAUACAUAACUACCAAGCGAUACAUUUUUUUUUAAAACGCUAGCAUAAUUAAUACAAAUAGUGAGAUUGAUAAAUACAAAUAAUUGCUCUUUUACUAAUUAACUAUCGAACUACAAUACAAUAAUAAAAUAAU